GGGGGGGUCUUCAAGGCGUGGAGCCAGGCGCCGUGGCCUAGAGGAUUGGGCCCGGGCCCGGUGGGGUGGAAAGGGCCCGCCUUCUCAGCCCAGCGCCGCCGCUUGCCCGCUGCGUGACCUUGGGCGUGUCGCUUCCCUUCUCCGCGCCUCGGUUCCCUCGGGUGUUGAGAUGGGGAUUAAGAGGGCGAGCCCCAGAUGCGACGGGGACCGCGUCCGACCCGAGUCGUCCGCGUCCGCUCCGACGGUCACCGUGGUAUGCGCCGAGCGCUUACGGCGGGCCGGGCCCUGUGGCGAGCGUGGGGUAAAGACGAGGUGAUCGGGCGAGACGGAGCGUUCGGUACAGCGCCUGGCCCGCGCAAGUUCGUGAACUCGGCCUGGGGCUGGACCUGCACCUUCCUGGGCGGGUUCGUGCUGCUGGUGGUGUUCCUGGCCACGCGGCGGGUGGCGGUGACGGCGCGGCACCUGAGCCGGCUGGUGGUGGGCGCCGCCGUGUGGCGUGGGGCCGGCCGGGCCUUCCUGCUCAUCGAGGACCUGACGGGCUCCUGCUUGGAGCCGCUGCCCCAGGGCCUGCUCCUGCACGAGCUGCCCGACCGGCGCAGCUGCCUGGCCGCCGGCCACCAGUGGCGGGGCUACACCGUCUCCUCCCACACCUUCCUGCUCACCUUCUGCUGCCUGCUCAUGGCCGAGGAGGCCGCCGUCUUCGCCCGCUACCUGGCCCACGGGCUGCCGGCCGGAGCCCCCCUGCGCCUGGUCUUCCUGCUCAACGUGCUGCUGCUGGCGCUCUGGAACUUCCUCCUGCUCUGCACCGUCGUCUACUUCCACCAGUACACGCACAAGGUGGUGGGCGCCGCCGUGGGCACCUUCGCCUGGUACCUCACCUACGGCAGCUGGUACCGCCAGCCCUGGUCGCCGGGACGCCCGGGCACCGGGCUCUUCACCCGGCCGCGCCCCGGCCCCAAGCACGACUGAAGGCCAAUAAAGGUGCCGCGGGACCCGG